UACUAGUCAGUCAUCGGCCAUUAUACUGAUCGUAUAAGUUAAGAUAAUAAUCUUUGUCGCAUUUUCUGUCGGGUGUAUUAGUUUAUAAUAAUUUUAGUGCAGCUUUUUUAAUGGAUCGUUUAUUGUAAACGAGUGCAAGAAUAGCUGUGUGUGUAGAUCCAAGUUCUCUAUUCCAAAGGAAAGAAUUUUAACUAUACCAUAUUGUCAUAUGUACGUUCUUUGUCAAAUAGGACAUUUGUCAAGGAAUGACAGUCGAACGAGAUAUAUAUUCUGAUUGAAACAGUACAUAAAUGUGUUAUAUCGAUUGCGAUAAUUCAGUCACGAGUAUACCAAAAUCGCCAACAACAAUGAUAUGUCCAAUAUGUCCGAAUUGCCGCUUCUCAACGCCGAAUUACUGUUGGGAGCGCAGCGAAGGAAUUAACCGGAAAGAAACGGAGAAACAGAAACAACAAAAGGAGAAGAAAGAAGAGGAAAAAGAAAAAGAAACCUCCGUACAACAACCUAAUUCAACAACGACCUGUUUCGUCGCUGAUCUUCUAGUAUCACAUAAUUACAUCAACAAUGAUAGUAGUUUCAUAAACGUACCGACAGUCGUUCACGAGCCUACCGUUUUCCAGUCAGCCCAUCGUUGCUCCAAUAUUCAAUUUGCCGACUCCGAGACAACGGAACUUUCUUGCGAUGCUCAAAUAUUAGAGACAGAACAGAAUUCAUCUUUAACAUCGCCGAUCAAUCAAUCGAAUCAAAAUCCCUUUAUUACGGGGUUGAAAAACUACGGAAUGGCGAUGAAAUAUGUUACGACCACAUGCAAUCCCACCAACGAUAGCAUCACAUUUCACCCAAUAUACACAUCACCUAAUAUGCACUCUGGUGGUUGUUUAAUUCAGAACACGGAAGCUGGAAUUCUAGUGCAAACCUCACCCAUCGAUAUACAGCGGAAAUUGGCUGGUGGCAGUUGUCUCAUGCAGAAGAAACAUUUUUCCAAUGAGGACGAGCGGCUAGUAAUGUUUAAAUACGUGGAGAAUUUUGCUCAUCAAACACUUGUCACAUCGCAAAGCGGCUAUUUAGAAUUGCCUGAGAAUAGGAGAAUCCCACUUUCAUCCAGAACGACAAGGGAAAAUAACGAAACAAUGAGCACCGAAUCAAGGCAGCGAAAAAUAUUGACCAAAACAAAUGAUUGCUGCGACUGCAACGGUACAAUUCAGCAGAAUAUUUGUCAGUGUCAUAAAAAAUUGACUGAUACAUCCGACGAUUGCGAUUCAUUGCUAUUCGAGCCUGUUGGUAAUGGCAUGCAGAUCCGAGUAAACGCCAACAUGCAGCUACCUGUGAACUUAAGUGACUGCCAAAUAGACAUUACGGCGACGGCAAUGCCAUGUAGCCAAAUCGUGACGACGAAACCAUUUUCUAGAAAUAAACAAGAGCAGAACGAAGGGACGAAAGAGGAGAAACAAAAGAAGGAAAAGGAAGAGAAAAAGGAGAAAGAGAUCGCCAUUCAUUCGACGACGGCGUCUUGUUACCUUGCUGAUCUUCUAGUAUCUUCUAAGAGUUACAUCAAUAAUAACGACAGUUUCAUAAACGUACCGACAAUCGCCCGCGAGCCCGCCGUCUUCCAGUCAACCCAUUGCUUCAAUGCUCAAUUUGCUAACUCUGAGACAGUAGAACUUCCGAAUAAUUUCAGCAAAAGUGUUACCGUGAAAGACAGAUCAGACAACUUGUACUGCGCGACAGAGAAUCGGAUUAUCACGACUGGAAACAAUAAUGGUUGUAACAACAACGAGCGAAAAGAGAGAGCGCCGACUAUUUCGGUGCCUCAUCCUUGUGUGAUGUCGAGUCCCUGGAGACUAGAUACAAAGUUGUUCAACAAAAACGGAAAAUUACACAAGAUAAAAAGACUGUUGCAAACGUGCGGCUGGUACCAUGAGAACAUUAGUUGGAAGCAAAGUGAGAAUCUUUUAAAAAAUACAUCCGUAGGUCGAUGGCUAAUGAGAGACAGCUCGGACAGUAGAUAUAUCUUUGCAAUAUCCGUGCAGACGGCCAGAGGACCUACUUCCGUCAGGGUGUGCUAUUUUCUUAAACAUUUUCAAUUCGACGCUGAACCAGGACUGGCGUUGGCGAUUCCGACUUUCGAUUGCCCUAUUACAAUGUUGGAACACUACGUCGAAUAUUCGAAAAGGAUGGAUCGCAGAGAAGUGUGGGUUGAUUAUAGCGGGGAACUAUAUAGUCAGAUCUAUUUAACCAAGCCUCUGAUUAAAGAAGUCAAAUCGUUGUCACAUUUGGCCAGACUCGUCGUGAAUAGAAAUAAACUGCCCACCGAACAUCUGCCACUCUUGAUAAGAAAUUACCUCGCAGAGUAUCCAUACACCCUUUAAAUGUGCAUAUAUCACAAUUAUGCAAGACCGAUGCGCCUCUUUCACUUCCGAUAUCUAUAAAUAAAAAUUUAUUUUUCUAUAUCUAUAUCUAUUCUAUAUCUAUUCUACAACAGUUUGUUUUUUAAUAGACGAUCUACGAUGCCUUCAAUUGUAUCGAUCACAAAUGAAGAUUGCGCGAUAGUGAAAUGAAUUUCAGUUUGCGCGAAUGUAAAUGAAUAUUCAAUUUGUUAUACAAUAAAAUUACUCAUGUUAUUAUUAAUACAUAA